AUGCAUUUGUUCAAAAGAAUUGCUUUAACCUUGUGGUUAAUAAUCAGUUCCACUUUAGCUGUUGUUAUCACUGAAGAUAGAGUUGAUCGUGGUACUAUUAGUGUGAAUCUUGGCGAAGUCACUGUCAACCUGGGGGCUUCAUGGUCCAUUAUCAAUAAUGCUGUAACGGCAUUUGCUGGAAAAAUAAACGUUCAAUCUGGUGGUGGAUUAUACAUCUCCCUGACAUCUCCACUCUUGGCCCUUCAAGUUACUUUAACGUCUUUGCUUGACCUGAUCACAAAUGAUGGGGUUAUUUCUUUGGAUUCUCGUGCUUCGUUGACAGCUUCAAACUAUAAUUUGAUAGGUUUGUCAUUCACCAACAAUGGUGAAAUGUAUCUUGCUGCUUCAGGUGUAUUGCCAAGUACUAUGGAUCUCACUGCCGCCAGUUGGACCAACAAUGGGUUGAUUGUUGCUUAUCAAAAUCAAAGAAGUUCCGGGGUUUUGAAUCUUGGUACCCCAUUGGGAGCAAUCACCAAUAAUGGUCAAAUUUGUUUAUAUAAUCAAGUUUAUCAACAACAAACAAGAAUAGAGGGGUCUGGUUGUAUCACUGCUAACAAAAACUCUGCUAUCUAUAUUUCCAACGCAGUGUUACCAGUUGCUACUACUCAAAACUUUUAUUUACAAGAUAGUAAAUCUUCAAUGAUUGUACAAGCAGUAUCCAGCACUCAAACAUUCAAUGUCUAUGGGUUUGGUAAUGGUAAUAAAAUUGGUAUAACUCUUCCAGCAGUGGGGAUCCCUCCCAAUCCUGCAUACAGUUACGAUGUUGACACAGGGAUUUUGACGGUGAGAGCAGGAUUGCUCAGUCAAAAAUUUAAUAUUGGUCUUGGAUACUAUUCACUUUUUUUUAGUGUUGUCACUGAUAAUGGUGCUGGCUUACCAUCAACCAUUUUAGGCUCAAUAUCUUAUUCUGGUCCUGUUCCAUCAAGAAAUUUACCCGCAUCUUGUAAGAUUGCUUGUAAACCCGUGCCUACCGCGCCAGGAACAAAUCCAACUGAGUACACCACCACAAUAACAACAACAAAUUCUGCUGGUAACCCAUUGACUGAAACUGGUGUUGUUGAUAUUCUGACCGAUUCAAAUGGUUCUUGGUUUACUACUACAUCAAUUUUCCCAACUACAUCUCAAUCUAGUAGUUCUGAAACUGUUGCUUCUUCUAGUCAACCAGAUUCUUCAUCCACUGAACCUUCUGCUUUCCCAUCAUCUACUGGUGACUCUUCAGCUGAACCAUCUAUAACUAGUGACUAUUCAUCCAGUGAAUUAUCCGUUGUUCCAUCAUCUGCUAGUGAAUCCGCUAGUGAAUCAUCAGCUGAACCAUCAUCUGCUAGUGAGUCAGCAAGUGAAUCUGGAAGCGAAUCCGUUGCUAGUGAAACUUCAGCUAGUGAAUCCGCUAGUGAACAAUCUUCAACUAGUGAAUCUGUUUCAAGUGAAUUUGCUUCUAGUGAUUCUUCUUCUGAACCAUCAUCGGCCAGUGAAUCUUCUGUCGAGUCAUCAUCAGCCAGUGAAUUUGUUGUACCAUCUUCAGCUACUGAAACCUCAGUUAGUGAGUCUGCUAGUGAAUCUUCUGCUGAACCAUCAUCUGCUAGUGAAUCUGUUGCUAGUGAGUCUGCUGUUAGUGAAACCUCAGCCAGUGAAUCAGCUGCACCAUCAUCAGCCAGUGAAACAUCAGUUAGUGAGUCUGCUGCUUCAUCUUCAGCCAGUGAACUGUUUGCCAGUGAAUCUUCUGUUGAAUCAUCUGCUGUUCCAUCUUCUGCUUCUGAAUUUUCAACUAGUGAAUCUGUUGCUAGUGAAACCCCAGCUAGUGAAACCCCAGCUAGUGAAACCCCAGCUAGUGAAUCCGCUAGUGAACAAUCUUCAACUAGUGAAUCAUCUGCUGAAAUAUCGUCUGCCAGUGAAUCUUCAGCUGAACCAUCAUCUGCUAAAUCAGCUAUUAGUGAGUCUGCUAGUGAAUUUUCUGCUGCUCCAUCUUCAGCCAGUCAAUCUUCUGCUAGUCAAUCUUCAACCAAUGAGUCAUCUUCACAACAAUCUUCCGCUGAAUCAUCAUCUACUGGGACAUCUUCAGUUAGUGCUUCAGCAGCAACUUCUGAAUACACUGCCACCUGGACUACCACCAACUCCGAUGGGUCAGUGUCCACUGAAUCUGGUAUCAUUAGUCAAUCUGGUUCUUCAUUUACCACCAUCACCACAUUUGUUCCAGAUGCUACUUCUGAAUACACUACCACCUGGACUACCACCAACUCCGAUGGGUCAGUGUCCACUGAAUCUGGUAUCGUUAGUCAAUCUGGUUCUUCAUUCACUACCAUCACCACAUUUGCUCCAGAUGCUACUUCUGAAUACACUACCACCUGGACUACCACCAAUUCCGAUGGAUCAGUUUCCACUGAAUCUGGUGUUGUCAGUCAAUCUGGCACAUCAUUGACAACUAUCACUACAUUUGCCCCAGAUGUUACUUCUGAAUACACUACCACCUGGACUACCACCAACUCCGAUGGGUCAGUGUCCACUGAAUCUGGUAUCGUUAGUCAAUCUGGUUCUUCAUUUACCACCAUUACUACCUUUGAACCUCCUGUUGUAUGUAAGAGAGAUGAUGUGAAUUGUGGUUCUUCAAUUGGUUUAUCUACACCUUAUUAUGGAAAUUCUUCUCAACCAUUAUCAUCAACAAAAAUGACAGAUACCUCAGCUACCCAAACUGUGGAUUCAUCAUUGUCUUCAAUUACUGAUGCCACAACUACACAGUCAGUAAAUAGUCUUGAAACACCUGUCCCAACUAGUGGAUCUGGCAAUGGAUCCAAUAAUGGCUCGGAUAAUGGCUCCAAUAAUGGCUCCAAUAAUGGUUCAAAUAAUGGCUCUGGAUCUGGUAAUGGAUCCAAUAAUGGUUCAAAUAAUGGCUCUGGAUCUGGUAAUGGAUUCAAUAAUGGCUCGGAUAAUGGCUCCAAUAAUGGAUCUGGUAAUGCUUCUAACAAUGGCUCUGCCAGUGGGUCAGGUUCUGAUAAUGGUUCUGAUAAUGGUUCUGAUAAUGGUUCUGAUAAUGGUUCCAACAAUGGCUCCAAUACUGACAAUGGAUCUAAUAGUGGGUCAGAUUCUGGUAAUGGAAUAGAUAAUGGCUCGGGUAACGGUUCUAGUGAUGGUUCCGAUAAUGGAACUACCAAUGGCUCGGGUUCCGGUGGGGAAUCUAACAACGGCUCAGGUAAUGGAUCAGAUAACGGCUCGAGUCCUGACAAUGGUUCUAAUAAUGGUUCUAAUAAUGGUUCUAAUAAUGGUUCAGGUGAUGGAAUAGGUACUGGAUCGAACAGUGACACCGAUAAUGGUUCUGGUAAUGGAUCUAAUAAUGGCUCAGGCUCUGUUAACGGAUCUGCUAAUGGGUCUGGUAAUGGUUCUAACAAUGGUUCAAAUAGUGGUUCUAAUUCCGACAAUGGCUCUAACAACAGUUCUGGUAAUGGAUCCAGUAGUGACUUGGGCUCUGUUAGUGGAACAGGCAAUGGAUCCAACGAAGGCUCAAGUAAUGAAUCAGGUGCCAACAAUGGAUCUAACAAUGGUGCUGGUGCUCUUCCUGCCGCUACACUCUCGGUUGUUCCAUCACCAAGUGCUGACUCCGGCUCAACUAGCUCCGCGUCGGCUAUGGUUAUUCCAAAUACCAAUGGCUCUGGUAAAUUACUUAAUGGAAAAGUACUUACCUUGAGUGUGUUGUCUUCAAUGGUUGUUGUUUUCUUGUAA